ACACCACCUUCUGCCACCUGUGUAGAAAGCUGCCAUCCUGGACACCGGAAAUUAAUUAAGGAGGGGAAACAGGUUUGCUGCUAUGACUGUGUUGAGUGUUCAGAGGGCAGCAUUUCCAGCAUGAUUGAUUCCAACCAAUGUGAGAGGUGUCCGCAAGAACAAUAUCCAAAUGAGAAACACCAUCAAUGUAUUCCCAAAAUUAUCACCUAUUUAUCCUACAAAGAAGUCCUGGGAGAAGUCCUGACUGGCUUUGCUGUUUCUUUUGCUGUAAUCACAAUUGUGGUGAUGGGGACAUUCAUCUUCCACCAGAACACUCCCAUCGUCAAAGCCAACAAUUGGGCUAUCACCUGCACCCUGCUUUUCUCACUCCUGCUGUGUUUUCUUUGCUCCUUCCUCUUCCUCGGAUGUCCAGGGACAGUAACGUGUGUGCUCCGGCAAGCAGUUUUUGGAGUGGUCUUCUCCAUUGCGGUGGCUUGUGUGUUAGCUAAGACCCUCACUGUGGUUCUGGCCUUCCUGGCCACAAAGCCAGGGAACCGCAUGAGGGGGUGGGUAGGGAAAAGGCUCUCCAUCUCAGUCAUUGUUUUGUGCUCCCUUAUUCAAACAAGCAUCUGUGCUGUGUGGUUGGCCAUUUCUCCCCCUUUCCCAGAGUUGGACAUGCAUUCCCAGAUGGAUGAGAUCUUUGUGCAAUGCAACGAAGGCUCCGAGAUCAUGUUUUAUAUUGUGCUGGGCUACAUGUGGCUUCUUGCCCUUAUCAGCUUUACGGUGGCCUUCUUUGCCCGGAAGUUGCCCGACACUUUCAAUGAAGCCAAGCUCAUCACCUUCAGCAUGCUGGUCUUCUGCAGUGUUUGGGUGUCCUUUGUUCCCACCUACUUGAGCACUAAGGGGAAAUCCAUGGUGGCUGUGGAAGUCUUCUCUAUCUUGGCCUCAAGUGGUGGUUUAUUAGGUUGCAUUUUCCUGCCCAAGUGCUACAUCAUCAUGUUGAGGCCAGAGCUGAAUACGAGAGAGCAGCUUGUUCGGAAAAAGACUAGUGUGAUUUCUAGGACAGCAUGA